GACGGAACUGCUGCUAGCAUGUUAGCAUAGUUAGCACUAGAUACACCAUUGGAGUGUUCUCGGUGGCAUGCGCAGCGCCAUUUCAUGCUGGUUUGCGAUUUUGGAUUACGGAGACCGUAUUUGGAUUACGGUGAAAGUAAAGUGGGUGCACCAUGGUCAAAAUAUUCAUUGGCAACUUGUCACCAGACACCACAACAGAAGAGCUACGCUCCCUUUUCUCCCAAUAUGGCAAGAUCUCGGAGUGUGAUAUCGUCAAGAACUUUGGCUUUGUCCACAUGGAUGACAAGGCCGAGGCAGAUGAAGCCAUCCGUAACCUCCACCACUAUGAACUGAAUGGGCAGGCUAUGAACGUUGAGCUCAGCCGUGGCAAGCCCAAAGCCUCCACCAAGCUACAUGUAGGCAACAUCGGCUGCACCAACCAAGAACUUCGGGCGAGGUUUGAGGAGUACGGCCCUGUGGUGGAGUGUGACAUAGUGAAGGACUACGCCUUUGUGCACAUGGAGCGUGUGGAGGAUGCUAUGGAGGCCAUCAGUAAUCUGGAUAACACAGCCUUCCAAGGCAAACUGAUGAGCGUGAAGCUUUCGACUAGCCGCCUGCGUACUGCGCCGGGAAUGGGAGAAAGGACGGGUUGUUAUCGGUGCGGGCAGGAAGGUCACUGGUCCAAAGAAUGCCCGUUAGACCAAAACGGGAACUACAGAAACGGUUCAGAGUCAAACUCGGACGGAUACGGUGCCCCCAGGUUCGGUGGGGGGGGGGGUCGCGGCCGGGGUCACCAAGGUUUCGCAGGCAGCUACGCUCCCGUGCACGGUUUUGCCAGGGGUUAUGGCAGCGGUGGUGGUAUGCCCGGGUAUGCCCGGGGCGUGGGCUACGAGAGCGCUAUGAGUUACGGGGUUCCACCAAGUUACAGCAUGAGUGCAGCUGCUGCGGCAGAACAUAGCAUGGCCCGGAUGUACAGCGGCGAGGCCGCGUUUGGGGCCAGCAGCUCAAACUACGGCGUGGUGCCUGCAUACCCGGUGCGACGGCCGUCGUACGAGGACCGGGAUCCAUACGGUGUGGUGGACUUCUAUGAGAAGUACCGGGCUCGCCCUUACGGGGGCAGUUAUUUCGAGGAGCGUCGUUCUGUCCCCUUAGGCACCCAGCUUCCCUCCUCCUCGGCCAUAAUGAGGGAGCGCCCGCCGCCCUCUGGCCUCGACCCAUACGAGCGCCGUCCCCUUCCUCCUCCACCUGCCCCUGCGUCCUCAUACUACGCACGUGACCGAAGCCCCAUUCGGAGAAUCCCUGCUGACGCUGAGGGCUACGGGUUCGAGCGUUCACGCCUUUCCCCGGUUUCCGCCCUUCCUAGGAGCUCGGCUUACGAUGUCCCGCGGGAUCCCUACGGCCAGCGUGCGCGCUUUGCUUACUAACUUUACUUCCACACCUGCCAGGUGAGAGAUGACUGGCCGUCCAAGGUUAGGGCUGUGCUCUGCUGUCUCAUGGGACUCGCAUUGCAAUUUGAACACCAAGGUCCAGUUUCCCAGUCAUGGAUUAAGCCUAGUCCGAAAGUCAGAGAAAAAUUUAAUGAACAUCUCCGUUGAUUUCUUUUUUGUCUAGGUCUAAGCUUAAUCCAUGUCUGGUAAACUGGGCCCAAGUGUUUAAUAACUUGGUUGGCUAGAUAACAUUUAGAUUAAGGAGAAGGCGUGGGAAAUGGGAAAAAGCUCAUCUCUAGUCACAUUGAGAAAAGUAAAGCAUGCCCAACAGUAGCUUUCAAAUGAGACUGUUGAUGGAUGACAUUGUUACUUUGGUAUGCUCUCUUUGCAGGUGAUACUUCAUCAUGCGCGACAGACUCGGUUCCGUCGGCCAUCUUUUAAUCCUUGCGAUGCGUUUCGGCUUUGGCGCGAUCGAUGGACUAUUUAGCAUUAAUGCCACUGUAUGUUGCCUCACUACCCGGCAUCUGUAUCAUGUUUCAGCUUAUACUUAAGUUGCAUUUUCAUGUAUUUCCCCACUGAAUGUGCUUAAACACUGUUUAGUUUCAAUGUAGGUCUAGCAGAUGUUUUCACUUUAAGGUAUCAGAUUCAGUGUUACAAAUUUAUUUCCUGGCUCAUCAUUUUUGCCUUUUUAAGAGACCAUAUUCAACUAUCACAGUUUGUGACUUAAAAUUAAAGUAUAUUAACAUGAUAUAAUUAUGAAUUGCACAUAGACCCACCAUGGAUGAACAUAAACCUUUGUGUGAAUCACACAAUGAGUGAUGUAUGUGGGUAGAAACCAAGGUCUCUCAACCUCCCAUAAUUAUUUUCCAGAAUAUCAAGAAACACAAUAGAAUUGGCGCAAUGAAUAAGACAAUACAUCUCACUCCAUGCAUUGUGCACUCCAAAGAUGGUUCUGUUAAUGUAAGAUUACACUAUCCAAGCUAUAUUUUUUUGCUUUUGAAUGUGAUAAAAUAUAACAUAACAAAUUACUCCUACAGGUUCACAACAUUUAUACAUAGGAUUGGGUGCAUCUGUACUGAACAGUUUUUGUCCUUUUCAGCUGAUUUAAAAUGUUUCUGUACAUUUGUUUUAAAUAAAAAAUAAA